UUCGAACCUAAUUUCGAACCUAAUUUUAGAUUGUCAUUAUGCGGUGUCUUAUCUUUCUAUUUUGAACUUGACAACUUGACAACUUGACAAGACUAAUCUGAGUUGAAAUAGAGUCCUAUAGCCUACUACAUUCGCGAGUCCUUUAGCCUACUACAUUCGCGUCCUCACUCCGAGGACAUUAUCUAUGGGUGUGGGGAAGAUGCCGAGAGAGGCCAAGGGAAAUCAUUUCAUUUCACCUAGGCAUGCAUAUGUCCAUGUAAAAUACACUAAAAUUCCUAAAUCAAGAAAUCCUGUUUAUUCCCUCUAUUGUCAGACAUCAUUUAAAAAUAUAUAUAUUCUAAAUUCCAUUCUUCUCUUACUUUGAUUUUCAUUCAUUCUUUCUUCAUCGAAUGCGAACUUCAUGUGUUUAGAUUCCGUUCGAACGAUAUUGUGCUCCUCGUUUUCCUGUUCUUAAAUUGACGUAAGUUAUCCAUAUUGGCAAAAAAUAUAUAAUGACAAUAAAAUGGAUAUUAUUGUUUCGCUGUAAUGUCUGCUAGAGCUUAGGCUAUUAAUUUGGAACCGCAGCAAAAUGUUACGCACGUACAUUGAACCAAUUUAAACAUCACAUUUACUUUUUGUUGAUAAAAACGUGCUUCAUUCACGUUAAGUAUUUAUGGAAUUUCAAUCGAGGGGUAACUUUCUGUCAUCUUAAAAAAACGAAACAGUAAUUAAUUUGAAGUGCCUAAUUUUUGAGAGCAUCUAACAAUUUUAGAAAUAACGGUUGAUCUGCAGGUUGACCAAGCUGUUCACACCAUUAGCCUGAACUAAGGAGGAUAUUCACGCAAAUAUAGAUUUUUCAAGGGUUGAUUACUAAAAUUCAAAGAUUUGUAACAUGCUUUAACGAAAUAUUCAACUUAAUGUAAGGUGCUAGACAAUUGUUUUUGAUAUUUUAGGCUAGUUGUGUUGCUUUGUAGGCCUACUGUACGUGUUUUAUUCCCAACUAUAAGGAUCAUGUUUAAUGUUGAAUUUCUAUCUGUACUCUGUGUCAGUGGAGAGGUUCACUAUUCAGUGCGUUUCUUGUUGUAUUGUUUGGGAAGGCGAUGCGUCUGCCGCAAUGGUCGUUAACCUCUGAACGACCCUGUUCAGAGGCCACGCCUCAAACACCGUCGCAGGCAGUGCGAGAUUGUGGCCGGAGGAUGGCGCGCAAGGACAAUCCUAGAGAUGCAAGCCGGGCCCCGCGAGCGCCCUGCCCAGGCGCACUCCCAGGCGCGCGCUCAUAACAUCCCACCCAGAUUUCCUACUUGUGCACGAGUUUACCUCUGGAGGUCAUCAAGCAGGAUUUACGACUGGUCAACAAAAGCACGUGAUUCUCAGCCGUAACCCAUAUUUGGGUGCCUACGUAAGAGAGAAUCAAGUACACGUUCUACUCAUUUCCCUAAUUCAUCAUAAAUUGUGCAAGGGUGCUAUAGAAGAAGCAAAAGCAUCAAGAGCCACAAAUCAAGCACACACGUUACUAUUUUCUCCAAAAAUAAAAACAACAAAUAACUGCGAAACAACAGUAUUUUAAUAGUCAAUCAAUGAGCUCCUAUUUUGUAAACUCAUUCUGCGGUCGCUAUCCCAAUGGCGCCGACUUCCAGUUACAUAAUUAUGGAGACCACAGCUCAGCAAACGACCAAUACAGGGACUCAACGACCAUGCAUUCCAGCAGGCAAGGUUAUGGUUACAACGGGAUGGACCUCACUGUCGGUCGCGGUAAUGGGCACUUUGUGGCCAACGAGCGGGCACAGGGCUACUCCCCGAACCAGUCGGCGGCGGCAACAACGUCCUCCGUCGAGCCAUCCAGGUACACCCAGCCCGCGAGCGCCACUGGGACGGCGCCCCUCUCGCCUGCACCUGACCCGCUCCGGUGCUCCUCCUCUGUCACAAGCUCGUCUCCGGUCAGCGAGUCUCAACCGCAACACCGAGCCAUAAAGAACUCCAUAACUAUCCCCUGCGCGACCCCGAGCUCGAGUUCGAACGGAGGCACGCUGUUGAACCAGGAGUGUGUGUCGAAAGCCUCCCCCCUCCUCGAGGAAGAUAAGCCCGCUGGAAGAGAGCAGACAACUUCCCAACAUUUCACCGACGGUGCCCAGCCUCAGAUCUACCCCUGGAUGAGGAAACUGCACAUAAAUCAUGACAGUCUCACUGGACCAGAGGGGAAGAGGGCGAGGACAGCAUACACGCGCUACCAGACCCUGGAGCUCGAGAAAGAGUUCCAUUUCAACCGGUAUCUGACCCGCAGACGGAGGAUCGAGAUAGCGCACGUGCUCUGCCUAUCAGAACGCCAGAUCAAAAUCUGGUUCCAGAACAGAAGGAUGAAGUGGAAAAAGGACAACAAACUGAAAAGCAUGAGCAUGGCAGCGGCAGGAGGUGUAGGGUACCACCGUCCCUGAUAUUUGGUUCCCCGAUGAGCUCUAAUAAAAUAAUACAAAGCUUGGGAGAACUUCCAUUGAUUUUUACAUUGCGAAAGACUUUCCGAUGGCUGUUUUGGGACAGUAAACAUGCAGUUGUCCAUACUCCGGCCUUUUCAAAAAUACUUUCCUCUAUAGUUAUAUUUAUUUUGACCGUGAUAAUGCUUGUGUGAGUAAAAAAAUAAACAUUCUGUACAUUGUUUGUCUUAGAGAACAAACCAAUGGGAAAUACAUGUUUGUUAACUUAUUUCUUGUUCAAAAUAGAAUAAACUCGAAGUUACCGCAAAAAAAGUCCAUUAACUAUCCAAUAAAAGUUGUGUAGCCUAUUGCACUUGUACAACAGUAUAGAAACUCGAAUAAUUAAUGAGUUGAUAAAAAAUUGUGUUGCUUUUGUGUAUAGCCUUUGUUUUAUAUGUAAGUAUGUAUUUAUUUGUUCAAUGUAUUGUACCAAACUUAGAUAACUUGUUCCUUAUUGUAGACAGACGUAUUAGCCUUACGCGAUUGUUGUGCGUUGUGAACACGUGACGGGACCGCAGUUCUGACCCAUUGCGUGUAGCUGUGCCUUUAUAUCCUUCUUUUACACGAGCUACUGUAAAUCUGUUCACCUGGCGCAGCUUCCUAGAAUGUGUGUUUCUUGUACGUUCCCCUCUAUGUUGGAUGUGAAGGGUUCCCAUUGCCUAAGUCUAUAGCUUCAUCGUGCUAUACGCUUUUUGUAAAUGUUUUUAAAGAAUGACUGGAAAUUGAAAAUAAUAUUAUAGUGAUGAUGCUGAUUAUAAUAAACUUUCUACUGGAACGACAGAGACUGUAAAUUAAUUGUUAUUUCGAUUAUUUAUCUUACUUCUUCAUGUGCCUCACGGUAAAAAGAAAGUGUGUAUGUUUGUGUAAGGUUUUAGGCCUGCGGUAAGACUAUAGGCCUUUCACUCCAUUGAUUGCAAUUAAAACUUUAAAAGUUAAACUUUUCUAGCUUAGUUCCAAGGUCGAGAAAAUCAACAGGUAGCCAAAUCUAUGUCUGCACACUUUUACUCACCUUUGUGCGUAGGGAUAAAGCGGGUCCUUGCCAGUGACCGGCUCGAGGGGCUCUGCGUCCCAUCUGCUCGAGCUUACUACUAUCAGAGAAUCAGUUCACUUUUCGAAACGUAAACUUUAUUAGGCCGGUUCCGGAUCCCUGACAUUUGGGUGCCAAAUGAAUGGGGGUUUUGUCUAUGAAUUAGAUCGUAAAAAUCAUCCGGAGCGCGGCCAGAUAGGCUCACUGGCCAUAAACUGUCACGUGGUGGCCAUUAAAGUAAGUUUUAUGGUUUUGGGGAGUUGACAGUAUAUUGCACAUAACAU